AUGGUGCCACCGGUCAAAACUGAGAAAAAUGAUGCGGCUAUUGCCCUCGCCAAGACGUUGACCAACGUCCCCUGGUGCGAUGAUUACGAGAAGAUGGUGUCGGGCAUGCUUUACAGCUGCAUGGCCCCAGAGCUCGUCGCUGCUAGGAGUCGCGCUCGCCGCCUUGCCCAAAAGUUCAACACCUAUGUGCCUGGCGACAGUGACUCGGACGCAGAGGCCAGUGCUGUAAAGGAGGGCUUGAUCAAUCAGUUGUUUGGCAAGGUUGGCGAGGGCACAUACCUUGAACCCAGCCUACAGGUUGAUUACGGCUGCAAUAUUACCGUCGGUAAGGGAUUCUACGCCAACUUCAACUGCGUGAUACUUGACUGUGCACAUGUUACUAUCGGGGACCGGGUCAUGUUUGCCACGGGCGUGAGCCUCAUCACUGCGACCCACGAGACGGGUCUGCAGUCGCGCCGUGACAACAUCGAGUAUGCUGAGCCUAUUGUGAUUGGAGACGAUUGCUGGCUGGGUGCCAAUGUUACAGUUCUCCCUGGAGUCACAAUUGGGAAGGGAUGUACCAUUGGAGCUGGUGCUGUAGUUUCGAAGGACAUCCCUGAUUAUUCGGUAGCUGUUGGCGUCCCUGCAAAGGUUAUCAAGAAGGUUGACCCGUUAGAAUAA